AUAUAAUUUCAUUACGAAGUGAUUGUAAGACUUUGAUUGGUGGAUUUUAAUCAUUUUUGAUAAAUCAAGCUAGGAUUUUUUUUGUUUUGAUUCAUAUUUUUUGACUAAGACAAAAUUUAUGAUCUUUUCAUAUAGAAUGAACUUAGUAAUUUGUAGAUAUCUUCAAACUUCAACGAAUCUCAUAUAUAAUUUUAUAUUGCAAUUUACAUAUCUUUGUCGCAUACCCAUUAGCUUAUGUGGUACGUGCAUAAUAAACCAAAAUAGCCGGCGAUAUAUUACGUUAUAUAAUUAAUUCUUAUAUAUAUAACCUUUUAUUAUACAUUCGUUGGUUGGCACAAUGAAAGCGAGUUCCAAAGAAAAACCAUAUGGAUCGUCAUUAAGUUGAAAUAACAAAGGCUAAAAUCAAAGAUUGAGAAUUUAGAAAGAAAAAAAAAUCUAAGACCAUCUCAUGUAAGUAUUCAAAUUGUCUCACCAAGUCCACAAUAUCAGCAAUCAAAGUUAUCCUUUGAUUUAGUAGUACACGUAUAUUUUCACACUCUAACCUUUUGACGACAAUGAAAUAAGUAUCAAAAUUCAGAAAAAGCAUUUAACUAGCUAGUAUUAUAACAAAGCCAAUGGUUAAAUUAUUAAUUAUCACUUAUGUAAUAUAAUUCAUGUCUAAAUAGCUUUUACAGUAGGUAUAUAUUGAUAUUGUUUUUACAUUAGAUUGUCAAAAUAGUAGACUAACGCAAAUCGACGACAUAAAAUUCUCGAUUUUUGCAUAGAAUGGAAUUUUUUUUUAAAAAAAGUAGAUUUACUGAUUGAACGACCAGUAACAGAUAUUUUUGUAUAAAAAAUGGUGAGGAUAAAUAAGGAGUAAUAAAUGGAAGCAACGAGACCAAUUGACACGUUGUUAUUAGUGAAAGCAAAUGUCAACGCUUCGUUUGUCCAUUUAUAAAACCUAACUACUUUCUCCUUCUUCCCAAAUCAUCAAACUCCAUUUCACUUUCACUAUGAAGCUUGUCUGGUCGCCGGAAACUGCUUCUGACGCCUACAUCGACACCGUUAAAUCGUGUAAGAGCUACAAAGAAUCAGGAGUGGCGGAGUUUUUAUCAGCUACGGCGGCUGGAUGGAACGCGAGGCUGAUCGUUGAGACAUGGUCACGCGGCGAUACAAUCGCGACUAGCGUCGGACUCGUGGUUGCUGCAACUCACACGUGCGGAAGACACGUGUGUAUAGUAGCUGACGAGCAAUCUAAACUUGAGUACGUGUUGGCCAUGAGAGGAGUCGUUACGAUGGAGACGACGGAGGUUGUGGUGGUCGGAGAAUCUGUUGAGAACACGAUGGAGGAGUUUCCCGGUGUGGAUUUCUUGGUGGUGGACUCGAAACGGCGAGAUUUCGUUAAAACGCUAAGGUUUGCGAAACUGAGCAACAAGGGUGCCGUUUUGGUGUGUAAAAACGCCACGCAGAGAGCAAUCUCUGGGUUUAAAUGGCACGAUGUGUUGAAAGGAGGGACACGUGUAGUUAGAUCCGUGUUUUUACCGGUUGGGAGUGGUUUGGAUAUCGUACACGUGGGAGCUACUGGUGGCCACCAACGUGGUGACUCGAGGAUGCUUCCUAGCCGUUGGAUUAGACACGUGGAUCAUCUAUCGGGAGAGGAGCAUUUGUUCAGACGCUAAAUGGAUUCCUCUUUUACCCUUUUCCACCACUUCAUUUUGUCAGUGUCUAAAAUCUAAAAUGAUGUAUAUAUAUACGUUACAAAAACUUGAAUAAUUUUCCAUACUCGAAAUUUAUUAUAUGUUGCGUUUACCGAAUGUAAAUUAUUGACAUAACGACUUCUAACAA